UCCACAAAACAAGAAAUUCCCCAUGUGUUACAAUUUUGUUUCCCAAAGACAAUGUUUAUAUUUUUAAUUAAUUAAAAUGGGUAAUGCAGGGAGCAGCGUCGUGCACAGGGAAAGGCAAAAAUCUAGUGAUACUGCACCAUCGUCUCCAUCCAAAGAGGGCCAGGCGUUUAUUUUUGAUAGAAAAUCAGAGAGUAGAAUCCAGCCCCAAGGUUCCCAUGAAGAUGAGGUCCCUUAUUUCACAAAACCUCCAGUUGCUUAUGAACCCAGCAGACCAAGGGCAAAUACAGUUUCUGAGGGAUCACAGUUACGAAAUGCAACAGAGUCGAAGACUCCCACAGUAUUUCGAUGGGAAGGAGGCGGAAGGAAUGUGUAUAUUAGUGGGACUUUUACAAAUUGGCAGACAAUACCAAUGGUAAAAAGUCACGGGGAUUUCGUGACAAUUAUUGACUUACCUGAAGGUGAACACAAGUAUAAAUAUUAUGUAGAUGGUGAGUGGAAGAAUGAUCCCACUAGUAAAAUAGUUGACGAGGAUGGUGAAAAAAAAAAUCUCAUUACUGUGAAACAGUCUGAUUUUGAGGUAUUUCAAGCGUUGGCGAAGGACAGCGAGAGUCACAAGGACGACUCCCAAAAAGAAUUCGGACAGGAAGUGCCCAUAAACAAACCUUGGGAGAAAACCAGCGGGCCCCCGAUUCUACCCCCACACCUGUUACAAGUUAUAUUAAAUAAAGACACACCCUUAUCGUGUGAGCCUACUCUACUGCCAGAACCGAACCACGUGAUGUUAAAUCACCUGUACGCGUUAUCGAUAAAGGACGGCGUGAUGGUCUUGAGCGCCACGCACAGGUAUCGGAAAAAAUACGUAACCACCCUCCUCUAUAAGCCAAUUUAAUUUAUACUUCUAAUUUAUUUUUAAAUGUAAAUAAUUCUAGCAACGUAUUUAAUUUAUUUAAACCCUAGAUUUAUACUGACAUGUUCUUUCCCGGUUGAUUUGCCAGUCCGUACACGUAAAUGUUGCCUAUCGUGAUGUGUUUAUAGUGACGCUUUUUGCUGAAAUCUUGAAGUGAGUGGCAUAUGCGAGAUAAAUUAAAAAAAUUUCACAACGUAUUUCAAAGUUUUUUUUUUUUCAUAUGUGAAAUAUGGUCAGAAUUUCAUCGUCUACAGGACAAGUGCCUUCGAGAAAAGUUACUAAUAUGCCAUUCAGAUUGGGGUUGCUAUUUUGUAAAUAUAAGAUACUUGUAGAUUUACUACAACACACCAAAAAUCUGUUACUUUUUAAUAGUUCUGUUAAAGAAGCAAUAAUGUAACUAAAAAUAUGAAGAUUAACAUUUUUCCAUAUACAGGGUGUCCCAAUUCGUAGUGGUGCAGGCCGUUAGUGUAAUAAAUAAAAAGUAAAUGAAGUUCCAGCAUUUUUUAUUAUACAGGGUGUCCAGGAUAUGGUGGGUAAUUUCUUGGACUUGUAAAAAUGACGUCACAAGUUUAUAUACAUUUUUUUUUACAUGUUAUACAUGUUUUGAUAGUUCAAACUCUUCUUUUAAUGUAUUCAAUUUACCGAUAGCUACUUUGGAGCCCAGAACCCAAAAAAACUGUAUAGGCCUACUUUUUAAAUUUUCAUUGCCAUUUUUAAGAUUUUUGACAGUUUUUAAAUGACAAUGUACUUGCUUGAUAUCGAUACAACGAACUGAUUUCGAGAUAAAAUCGUUUAACGAUAAUUUUCGACAUACGUUAAUUGUACCAACAUGAAAACAAAAGUCGGAUAAUUUAUGCAGUGAAAUAAGUAUAUUUUUUCGUUUAAAAGAGCACAAAGGUUGCAAAAAUGACGACAAAAACUAAAAAAGUAGGCCUAUUAUUAAUUUUUUUAGGAGGGUCAAAAUUGCUGAUGGCGUUUUACCCCCGGAUCUGCAUUCUAUCAGUAGAUCGAAUACAUUAGUAUAAAUAGCUUCAAAUAACGUAGCUUCUCUUAAAAUCGAAAUUUGAUGAGAAACAAAAAAAUUACAAUGAAAAAUGAUUUUCUCUACAGGGUGAGCCCAAAUAAAAAAAAAAAAUAAUUAUACAAGCUUAUGAUAUUUUUUGCAAGAUCUGUUCAAAUUUGGAAGAUUGCCUGCCAUUUCCUUUAUACAGUUUAAUAUUUUAUAUCCCCAAAAUAAUAAAUCCUGAGAUUGCUAUAAUUUUUUUUAAGUGCUGAAGUCAAACGAUGUAGGAACGAUUUUUUUUGUAUAAUUUUUAAUAUUAAAAAAAAUGGAGCAAUCCGAAUGAAUGGUGAUAGAAUAUCGUAAAUUUCUUAUGAAAAUAUUACCAAUAUAAUUAAAAAAAAAAUGGGAUUUAAAAAAUCAUAGCAAGUUUACGAUUUAAGAAAGUUAGUUUGCAAAUAUUCGCGAUCUUGGGAAUUAUUUACCUGAAAAAUAUUUGAAUUUCAUUUGUUUUUUAAUGGCCUGUACGUCUAUAAAUUGGUACACCCUGUACGGGUGAAUCCAAUAAAUGAUUGCCUUGACGAAAAGUAGGUUAUUUUAAUGAAAAUAAUUUCAAAAUUAUCAGGUGUUGAGAAGCUUUCUCUCUUGAUUUUGCCCUCAAAUUUACUCUAAUCUUUUAAACGGAUCACAUUGAGUCUUUAAGAGGGCUCUAUAGCAAAUAGGCAACCGGUAAUACAUUUUUAUCGUUUUUGUUACACAGUUUGUCUAAAUAUGA